ACAUCAAGAUGCUGCCGGUGUACCCGGAGGCGAAGCACAACCCGCUGGGGGAUGCGAACAUGUGCUCGCGCCUGUUGUUCUGGUGGCUAACCCCCCUGUUGCGAGUUGGCUACAAGCGGAGGUUAGAGGAAGAUGACAUGUACUCGGUGCUUCCAGAAGAUCGCUCCGCGCGCCUUGGAGAAGAGCUGCGAGGGUACUGGGAUCAAGAAGUUUCGAGAGCUGAGAAAGACGCCCGGGAGCCUUCUUUAACGAAAGCCAUCAUCAAGUGUUACUGGAAACCCUAUUUAGUUUGGGGAAUUUUGAUGUUUCUUGAGGAAGGCACCAGAAUAGUUCAGCCUGUACUUUUGGGGAAAAUUAUUAGUUAUUUGGAAUACUACGAUCCCAGUGAUUCUGCCGCCUUCCGUGAAGCCUUGGCCUACGCCGCAGGGCUGAGCGUCUGUGUGCUCACCUGGGCCUUUCUGCACCACUUGUACUUCUAUCACAUUCAGCGUGUGGGGAUGAGGCUGAGGGUAGCCAUGUGCCACAUGAUUUACCGCAAGGCACUUCGCCUGAGCAACUCAGCCACGAGGGAGACCAGCACCGGCCAGAUAGUCAAUCUGCUGUCCAAUGACGUGAACAGGUUUGACCAGGUGACAAUGUUCCUGCACUUUCUGUGGGUGGGGCCUCUGCAGACUGUUGUGGUGACCGCCCUGCUCUGGAUGGAAGUGGGAAUAUCAUGUCUUGCAGGGAUGGCGGUUCUAAUUCUUCUUCUGCUUUUGCAAAGCUGCAUUGGGAAGUCGUUUUCAUCACUCCGGAGUGAGACCGCAGCUUACACAGACGACAGGAUCAGGUCUGUGAGUGAAGUUAUAACUGGCAUCAGAACAGUAAAAAUGUACACUUGGGAAAAGUCAUUUGCGGAUCUUAUUGCCAGAUUGAGAAGGAAGGAAAUUUCCAAGAUUCUGACCAGUUCCUACCUUAGAGGACUGAAUUUGGCAUUAUUUUUUGCUCUGAGCAAAAUCAUGAUUUUUGUCACCUUCUUUGCCAAUGCACUCCUUGGCAACGUGAUCACAGCCAGCCAAGUGUUUGUGGUGGUGACACUGUUCGAGGCUCUGCGGUUGACGGGCACCCUCCACCUCCCCAUGGCCGUUGAGAAGGUGUCCGAGGCGGUCGUCAGCAUCCGAAGAGUCAAGAACUUUCUGUUACUUGAGGAGACAUCACAGCACAACCCUCAGCUGCCAUCAGAUGGUGAAACGAUAGUACAGUUGCAAGAUUUCACUGCUGUUUGGGACAAGGCAUCCAAAACUCCGACUCUCCAAGGCCUUUCCUUUACUGUGAGACCCAGGGAACUGUUAGCUGUGGUUGGACCUGUGGGAGCAGGAAAGUCGUCACUGUUGAGUGCGGUGCUGGGGGAGCUGCCCCCGAGUCAGGGGCAGGUCACCGUGCGUGGGAGGAUCGCGUAUGUUCCUCAGCAGCCCUGGCUGUUUCCAGGAACCGUGAGGAGUAAUAUUUUAUUUGGGAAGAAAUAUGAAAAAGACCGAUAUGAAAAAGUACUAAAGGCUUGUGCUCUGGAAGAGCAGCUAGAGCUUUUGGAGGCUGGGGAUCAAACUGUGGUUGGAGACGGUGGAACCCCGCUGAACCGAGGGCAGAAAGUCCGCAUCAGCCUUGCAAGAGCGGUGUAUCAGGAUGCGGACAUCUACCUCCUGGACGACCCGCUCAGCGCCGUCGAUGAAGGAGUCAGCAGGCACUUGUUUGAACAGUGUAUUUGUCAAGCCUUGCAUGAGAAGAUCACAAUCUUAGUGACCCAUCAGCUGCAGUACCUAAAGGAUGCAAGUCAGAUUCUGAUAUUGAAAGAUGGAAAAAUUAUGAAAAAGGGGACUUAUGUUGAGUUUCCAAAACCUGGGGUAGACUUUGAAGAUAUCCUUUUGAAGACGAAUGAAGAGGCUGAACCAUCUCGAGUUCCAGACUCUCGCACUCUGAGGGGUCGGCCCUCCGAACCUUCUGUUCAGCCUCAAGAGUCUCCCAGACCCUCGCUGGGAGAUGCUGCCCCUGAGGACCAAGAUACUGAGAAUACACAGGUUACCCUGUCACUGGAAAGCCGUUCAGAGGGAAAAGUUGAUUUUAAGGCCUACAAGGAUUACUUCACAGCUGGCGCUCACUGGUUUAUCAUCAUUUUCCUUAUUCUCGUAAACAUCGCAGCUCAGGUGUCCUACGUCCUUCAGGAUUGGUGGCUCUCAUCCUGGGCAAAUGAACAGAGUACCCUGUAUGCCACGGCACAUGGAAAAGGAAAAGAAAUUUUGAUACCUGAUCCUGGCUGGUACUUUAUACCUUAUUCAGGUACCGUGCUAUUUGGCAUCUCGAGGUCUCUGUUGAUGUUCUACUUCCUUGUUAAUUCUUCACAAACUCUGCACAAGCGAAUGUUGGAGUCCGUUUUGAGAGCUCCGACAUUUCUCCUUGUGAUGGGUGUGGUGGGCAUCAUGGUGGUGGUGAUUCCUUGGACCGCAAUUCUCCUGAUUCCACUUGGCAUCAUCUUCUUUGUUCUUCGGAGAUAUUUCUUAGAGACGUCACGAGAUGUAAAACGCCUGGAAUGCGCAACUCAGAGCCCGGUCUUUUCCCACCUAGCAUCUUCUCUCCAGGGACACUGGACCAUCCGGGCGUUCAAAGCCCAACAGAGGUUUCAGGAGCUGUUUGACACUCACCAGGAUUUGCACUCAGAGGCCUGGUUCUUGUUUCUGACCACGUCCCGAUGGUUCGCCCUGUGCCUGGAUGCUAUCUGUGCCAUCUUUGUCAUUGUUGUUGCCUUUGGGUCCCUGUUUCUGGCAGAAACUUUGAAUGUCGGGCAGGUGGGCCUGGUGCUGUCUCUCGCCCUCACUUUCAUGGUGAUGGUCCCGCGGUGCGUCAGGCAAAGUGCCGAAGCCGAGAACAUGAUGAUUUCAGUAGAAAGAGUGACUGAAUAUAUAGACCUUGAGAAAGAAGCACCCUGGGAAUACAAGCAUCGUCCGCCACCGUCCUGGCCCCAACGAGGAGAUAUUGACUUUAGUAAUGUGAGCUUCAGGUACAGCUCAGAUGGGCCUCUGGUCUUGAAGGACCUGAUACCAUUGAUUGACUCAAGAAAAAAGGUUGGCAUUGUGGGAAGAACAGGAGCUGGGAAAAGUUCCCUCGUCUCGGCCCUUUUCAGAUUGUCAGAACCCAAUGGUAUAAUUGGGAUUGAUGGGAUCGGGACAGCCACCAUUGGACUUCACGAUUUAAGGAAGAAAAUGACAGUCGUACCUCAGGAACCUGUUUUAUUCACUGGAACAAUGAAGAAAAAUCUGGAUCCCUUUAAUGAGCAUACGGAUGAGGAACUGUGGAAUGCCUUAGAAGAGGUUCAGCUUAAAGAAGCCGUUGAAGGUCUCCCUGGGAGACUGAAUACUGAAUUAGCAGAAUCUGGAUCAAACUUGAGUGCUGGACAGAGACAGCUGGUGUCCUUUGCCAGGGCUAUUCUCAGGAAAAAUCAGAUAUUGAUUAUUGACAAAGCCACAUCCAAUGUGGAUCCAAGAACUGAUGAGUUAAUUAAGAAAAAAGUCCGUGAGAAAUUUGUCCAGUCCAUUGUGUUAACCAUCACAAACAGGUUGAGAACUGUUAUUGACAGCGAAUCUGUAAUGGUUUUGGAUUCAGGAAGACAGGUAGAAUUCAGUCGGCCGUAUAAAUUGCUGCAAAAUAGAAACAGCCUAUUUUACAAGAUGGUGCAACACCUGGGGGAGGCCGAGGCCGCUGCCCUCACUGAGACAGCAACACAGGUGCACAUGGAAAGGAAAUAGCCAGAAAUUACUCACAACAGCCACACGUUUCUGAACGUUUCCAGUGGACGGGCCUCCGCCUGAACAGUAUGGGGGCAGCACUGUGAUCCUGCCAUGAGGGCAGGUGUGCUCCAGAGGCAUUCCUCCAAGUUUUUGCAUUGCAUAAACUGUAUUUUACUUUUUUUUAAUACCAGCAACAAAUAUUUACACAUACAGGAUGUUAGUUUAUUUUUUUUUCUUACACCUUCACCUGGUGAUUGCAAGCUCUUACAAAAAUGAUUUGUUAUUUUUAUUUAUAUGUUACACUUUUUUUUCUUAUCCAAAUCAGAGGCUCAGGCCACCAAUAAAAACUGUCUCUCAGGUUUUGUGCCUCGAGAGACUCCAGAGCAAAGCUUAUUUUCUAAGCUAUAAGACAGAGUUGUCCCAGAGGUGUUUUACUGCUCCUCCCUUCCCCCAAUUACAUCCUACUACUUUCCAGUUAUAUCAGGGCUCCUGUUCACCUGAAGACUGUGUAAAGUUGUCAUUUUCACUCAUUUCUUCCUUUAACAGAACUAGGAUCCAUUAUUCCACCCAAAUACUGCACAGGAAAAACAAAAAAUAUAUACUUUAGUUUGUGACAUUAUGGAAGAGAGGUGCCCCCCCCUCCAAAACAUAAAAAGACCUGUGGUUAAGAUAGAGGACAGUCUUAAUAUGGUCUAAGAGAAGGAAGAGAAAAUAUCCUCCAGAGGGAUUUGAUAAUGAAGGACACGCAUGUGACUGAUCAUCUUCUGGAUGGAGGGUUUUAUUUUUUACACUUUUAUUGUGGUAAAAUGUAUUUAACGUCAAAUAAGCCUACAAUUCAGCCGCCUUAAUGGCAUUCACAGUGUUGUGCAACAAUCAAUAUCUGGUUAAUUUUUGAUAAUUAUCUUAGUACUAUUCGGUUUUUUUUUUCUUUUUGUCUCUUUU